AUGGCAACACCAAUUAAAACUCCUGAAAAAAGAAUGUCUCGUGUAUCUUGCGUUGACGAAAGUUGCAGACUAAUUGAUGAAAUAAAACAUAUCAUUAUAAACCUUAAGAGGAGUAAAAAAAUCUUUGACCCAAUUAUUCACUCCUCAUCAGAGACUGUUCGAGCCUUACAUUAUGUAAAGCAUGAAGUUGAAUUAUAUUUUCAACAAUAUGAAGAUGCCUUUAAUAAAUACAAAAUUUCGUUAGAAAAUAUAAGAGAAUUCGCGAAAGAAGUAGUGAAUAUAGAAAAGAGUCACUAUAUUUUUUAUCCGUAUAAACACGUAAAAGACAAAUAUGAAAAAUUGGUAAAGGAACAUGAGAAUUGUGAAAAAAGAUUACAUCCAAUUCUAAUUAAAGCCAUAAUGGACAAACAAGAACGUCAACAGGAAGAUAUUAUGAAUAUUCAUAAGAUUUUAAAAAAUAUUCCUGACGAAAAUAAGAAUGAAAAGAUGGUUCAAAUUGAAAAGAUAAUUCAAAAUAUAAUCAAAAGAUCAGAUUUAGAUAUCAAUGUUCCACAUAUCGAUUCUGCAUUAUUAUUUGAUCCUCCUCGAGCAGGAGAAGAUCUUGAAAAGUCAGAAUGGAAUCUAGAUAAUUGGUUACGAACGAAGCUUAUUGUAAAGAAGAUCUAUAAACGUGGUAUUGAAGUGGCAUGUGAGCCCAUUACUGAUUACAGACAAAAUUUAUCAAUUUUGAGUGAAUUAAAGAAGUUCGAUGAAUGCCAAUAUAUUCUUAAAUUUUAUGGACUUUCAAAUAUUGAUGGUGAUGAAAUGUUGGUAUUUGAAUGGAUAGGCUUGGGUAGUUUAAAGAAUAUCUACGAAAAGAAAAAAAUUCGUUGGGAUUUAAAAGUGAAAAUUGCACGUGACAUUUGUCGAGGCUUAAUAUUUUUGAACCACAUAGACAUUUUUCAUCGUGACGUUCGAUGUGAGAAUAUAAUGAUCGCAAAUUUUUAUCUUGCAAAACAUGCUUCAGAAAUAGAACCAGAUGAUGAAGACAAUAUCUCGAAUCAUACAUUGAAUAUUAUUAAUUGGUCAGCACCUGAAAUGAUGCAAAAGAAUGCCUUAUAUACUCAAGAAUGUGAAGUUUUUAGUUUCAUAAUGCUUUUAUGGGAACUAGCUUUUCAAAGGAUUCCCUAUGAAAAAAUGAGUAAAGAAAAAAUUAUUGCUCAUGUUACACAGGGUCGUAGAGAAACCCCAAACCAACCUUUUUUCACAUUGGACGUUCUUAACAUUCAAAGAAAAUAUCUAAGAAUAAUUACAGAUGGAUGGGAUAAUAAACCAGAAAAAAGAAUUACAAUGGAUGAAAUUCUAUGGAGAUUUUUAAAUAUCGAAGCUGAACUUGCUAAACUUAAGAAUGAUAAUUUGAGUUCUGCUAAACGCCUAAGAUCUAUUUCAUAUCCUGAGAAGUCUAUUUACAAUUACAAACGAUUUCCAAAUCGGUUAAAAUCUAAGGAAAGAUUAGCACUGAAUUUGGAAGGUGUGGAUGAAGAAGAUAUUCCAUAUUUUAUAAAAUCACCAAUGGAGAUUGAUUUCAAUUCAAAGAGAUGGAAAUUAGAAAAACCAAAUAAGAUUGAAUCAUCCAAUGUAGUUCCAACAAGAUUGUCAAGCGUGGUUGAAGCACCAAACGACGCUUCAUAUUCUUCAGAGAAAUAUAAAGAAGUUAUAUCUAAGCAAAAAGAGGAUGGUAGCAUUGAAUUAGAUGAUUCAGUAUGCAAUGAAUUAAACGCUCCUAAAGAAGAUAUUAUUACUACAAUCUUAAAUAACAUAACUAGCAAAAAACUUCAAUUACCAGAAUUUUCAUCAAGUAUUGAAACUGCUAUUAACCUUUCAUAUCUUAAAAGCUUUGUAUCUCAACAUGAAGAUGAAUGGAGAGAUAACUAUAAUAAAGCACUCGAAUAUCUUUCUAAACAAAUUGGGGAUGCAGGUGCUGAAAGGGAAUUAUUAGAGUGCGCUGAUAAAUAUGUAGCCAAUAAAGCAAUGGACAAAGUAAUUGAGGAAAAUAAAUGGGAUCCUGAGAAAGAUGGUCAGUUAUUAAAGAAUUUAAG